UUCAGCACAAAACCAAAAUAAAUGUACUUUACAAUGAUAUAAACCGGACAUAAUCAGGAAGCCUUUGUUUGGUGUUGUAACACUUUCCCUUUUUUCAAUCUCCUUUUUGACUUCUGUACUAUUUACUGAACCUGUAGAAACUAGGUUCACCCACACGGGAUUUCACGCCAUCAUUCCAAAAUAAAUGCAUUACAGUGAUGUGAUAAUUCUCAUCCUUUUUAGAUUUAAAAAACAGAAAUUACUUAACAUAAUUACACAAUUAAUUAUAUAUCAGCUCAUUAACAAAUGUGUAAUCCCCCCCCCAAAAAAAACAAAAAACAGUGGAGUAACAUUUGUGGAUUGUGCAACUCGGGGCAAUAUGAAUUCUCUUAUACAUAAACUAUGUUGUAUAUAAAGGAAAACCAUACAUUAUUUUCACAACUGACAUGUUGACAUUUUAAUGACAUUAUUAUAUAUCUUGAACAAGGACCAUGCAUACAAAUACAUUACUUUUAAAGAGAAGAACUGCUAUAUGCCAGAUUAUAGCUAAAAACUCAUUUACAUCUGCAGCACUUGAAUGUCCCUGCUUCACGUGACUGGCCCUUUUUUACACUCCACCUCUUUCACGUGAACGCGCGUUAAGCCGAAUUAGAAAAUCCUGGGUUAACAAAGCUCGCAGAUAUCCAGCUUCAUAACUCGGGUUAUCUUUCCCCUUUUUCCGUCCUUUUGACGCUUAUUUAAUAAUGUUAAUAGUGCUUUGACGAACUGUCGCCUUUAAUAGGAUCGGAUUUGUUCCUUUUAAUCACCGUAGGUUUAGAACAUGGUUACGAUUUGAUUACUAAAUCUAGCAUUGAAACAUCUCGGAUAACUGCGCGUAUCCGCUCAGUCUCAAAGGGGAGAGCAAUCGAAAACCGAAUCACGAUCCAUGAACACAGAAAUAGAUUCCAUGAUGAGAAAAAACGAGAGGGCACAUUUUUUCAGCUCCAAAGAGCAGGAACUAAUCUUGAAGUUGUAUGAAGAAGAGAGAGAAAUACUGACAGCAAAAUCUAACACCACCAGCGCCUCCAAACUGAGAGAGGAAGCCUGGCAGAGAAUUGCUGAUAAAAUAAACAUGGUUUCGGACAGUGGCUACAAAAGAACGUGGCAGCAAGUGAAAGUUAAACAUAAGAAUAUUGUGCAAACAGCAAAAAGAAGACAGGUGGAGGUGCUGAGGAACGAGGGGGGUUCAGGGACCCCUUCACUGACCUCUGCCGAGGAGGACGAGCUGCUGCACAAAGACGGGCGUCUGAGAGUGGAGGUUCUUCCUGGGGGUGCCUUUAUUGAGCCACUGACGGGGUCUGAAAGCUCUUUUAUCAGUGUCUCAGGCCAUCCUGUCCUCCUGCUGCCCAUAACUAAGACAGAACCAGAGAGUCUGAGCAGUGAUGAGACCGACGUCAGUGACUCUCAGUUUGAAGGGGAUUUGCAUAAAAGCAGCUUCCAGGAGAGGGCAAACUCAGCGUGUGCUAUAGGUGGUGGCAGAAGAGCAGAGAGGCAUACAGAAGACAUAAGAUCGCUUUACUGCAGCUACCUCAAGAAGGAGAUGGAGAACCGGGACCAGCAGAUGGCAUACAGAGCAUUGAAGAUGAGGAAGAUAGAAAAAGAAUUGUUAUUACUUGAUAAGCAGCUUAUUUGACCGCAUUUAUUUUAUUUUAGCUUACUAUUAUAAUAUGUUAAUAAUAUUUCAGGUUGGACAAUUGUAAUAAAUUGCUACACUUUUUUUGUCGUAUACACACUCAUCCUAAUUAGGAGGUCUAGUUUUUUUUUAAUCGUUUAACACAGUGGGUACCAAAAGUAUUUUCAAAAUCCCAUGACACAUUUUUCUGUUGCUGGGAGGCUCUGUACAUAGCAGUGUAAGAAGAAAUGUCUUUUGCGGUUCUGCAAUUGUGUCGGCCAUUUCUUACUUCUGUUGCAGCUCCAUGCAACAGCGAGUGAACUAGCCAAGUGUUUCUCCAUAUUUUUUUUUAUAGUGGGAGGCUGUGGCUCAGUUGGAUAGCCGCUGAUCUUCUUCACCCCAAAUUGCUCCUGUGGAGACUGCCUGCAUUAUUGAGUUGCUUUGGAUAAAAGCAUCUAACAAGUUACAUGUAAUGUAACCCUUUUAAAACAUAUCUUCGGCCAAGCACUACCUGACCAGCUUCAUUAUUUUUGGUAAUGAAAGAGAAACUGAUAUAUAAUGUGCCAUGAGUGUCUGAACUACUAAACAACAACACUGUACAAAAACCUAAAUGCUACAUUUCAGAUAUUUAAAAAAGAUCACUCUAUAGUUGUAUGAGAGUGGUACACCUGUGCAUUUUCUUUAUAAAGCCAUUUUUACACAAACUGUCUCUUUAUUCACAUUUUCAACCAACAACCUAACAUUAUCAGUAGAUGCAACAUUCAUAAAAAAUAAAUAAAUUAAGGUAUUCUUUGAACGUG